GCAGCGAGACCAAGGCCGUCGGGGUCUGCUUCUUCGCGGCUGUGGAGGCACGUGACUUGGCGGCUGCGGGCGACAGGGCGCCGACGUCGACGCUGGGGGGUGCGAGUGUUGCGCUCAUGGUGUGCGAUGCCGGCCCCGAACAGCCAUGUUGCUAUCUAUACCUCUAUACUCCCGUUACUACACUCCCGUCACCACUUUCACCAUUCCCGUCAACCCUCCCGUCACCACGGCUACCCGUCUGGCCUACCAUGAGCGACGGCGUUACUGAUGGCUACCCGUCUGGACGGGCCGGACUCGCAAACGGGCGGCUGAGUCAUGCACAUUAUGCCGCAGGAGCAACUUCAGUCACGGCAGAGGCGAGUGCAGCGAUGUGUGAGAUCAAGUGCAGCGUGGAGCCGCCCACGUGCGUCUGCGUUUCUAACAAGAGACUAGAGGCGGGGCCUAAGCGGAGAGCCUGCAACGCAGUAUGGCGGUAGCAUGCUAAGCUAUGAACCAAUAUGCCGCUCCGGGAGACCGACCCCGAUUUCGAACGUGAGCUCUUCGAACAAUCCAAGGCAGCAUUCAACGAAAAGUACGGGGGUUCACAAUACUGGCUCCCACUACCGCUCAUCCUCGUCGAUGAACAGGCGGAGCCGCCACUGCCAUGCCAUGAACCUGCAGAGGAGACCCUCGCCAUCAGCGCCCACGUAUCCGCACGCAUCCAUGCUUUCUACGAGCAGAGUGCCGCUGCGUAUAAAACAGUCGAGAAUCCGCCAGCCAGCAUCACCCUCAGUCUCGAAAUCGAGACACAGAGAUUUGACACAGACGACCUAGAAUGUCUGGUGUGCUACCAUCGCAGGCAUCACUCGCGCCGCCUGCAGCUGCACAACCCCGAGACACUACCAGAUCUACCCUUUGUAAGCAGCCUGUCCAUUAGAUCAAGUAGCUGCUCCGAAGCCGAUACCGCGAGAGACAUACGCCCUCUAUCUCCCCUCGUACCGCUGCAAUGCCUUGUCCACCUGCCAGCUGUCCAAGAGUGGACCGCCCGCUGGCUAUGGGAGCGACCCAUGCCUUCCGCCAGCUCGAGUAGGGUGAUACGCGAGCACUGGACCUGGCCGUGGGAAGGCCCCUUACGAGACGCCCGUCACGAGUUCGGCGCUGCCAUCAUGGACCAGGAGAGGUACCUAUGCGGCAGAAGGAUCCCCGCCAGUUUGACAAAAGCCGCAAUCCACUUCUGGCCUUUCUUCUCGCUCCCCAAGCAUGACCAGUCCAUAGCGCGGCCAAAUCUGAUCCAUCCCGCAAACAAGGAUCCAGUCUCUAUCGGCCUAUGUAAGCUCGGUGCGCAGCUAAGCAUCUUCGACGUACGUGCCAUGGUAACUCCAGAUCUUUUCCCCAGUCUCGAAGCACCAACCUCCCAGCAAUGGUCACAGAUGCGGCGAUUCAGACUUGAGUUCCAUUCCCUGCGUCCAGACGGGCGGUGGUACUUUGUCGGUCCCCGUGGCGAGGAUCCCCACGACUCUGAACAAGGAGGGUACAAGAUCUCAGAUACAAGACACUACCCCCGCGCGAUCGACCCGGAUGAGUGCGGGGAUCUCCACCAGCAGUAUGAUUACGAAGUGACAGAUGGACCCGAAUAUGAUGUAGACAUGUUUCGCAUCCAGCCCUGCAGGGAGCGCAUCGAGCCCCUACUUGCAGCCUUUGCAAAGUCUCUGGCUCGCGACAAUAUGCCAUAUAUUGAGGACGCGGAGAUGUUCACGCACUUGUGGUGGCGUCCUGGAGACGAAAGAGAAGUAGAAGAAUAUGGUCUGCGCAUGAAAAAGGGGCAUAGAUGGGGUGUCAAGUUCAUUGCUGGGCGUGGUAGUGGCAAGCGAACAGAUGGAGAUGAUGCUGCUGCGGCACCAACACCACCGGUGGUGCAGUGGCAGGUUGGCGAAUGGAGACCCAACGAGGAGAUUAUGAGUUUGUUCGAAAGUCUUGGACAGCAGGAGUGGCUCGAUCUUGAGUGGAAUAGAUAUAGAGAUACCGCGGGGCACGAUCUGCUGGGGAAUAGCCAGUCUUCACCUAUAUAGCCGAGCAGGCAACUAAUAUGACUUGUUACGGAGUUCGAGA